AUGGACGUCGUCGCCGCGGUAUCUGGCUACAUCUCCAAGAUGGUCACCGCUGGUGAUCCAUCGGCAUCUGGGUCUUCUACUACAAAGAUGAAGAUCUUACUUCUUGAUAGUGAGACAGUACCAAUCGUGUCGACCGCAAUCACCCAAUCCGCCCUGCUGAAUCACGAAGUAUACUUGAUUGAUCGAUUGGACAACGCCGCUCGUGAACGAAUGCGGCAUCUACGCUGUCUCUGCUUCGUGCGACCUUCUCCGACCUCCAUCCAGCUCCUCAUUGAUGAACUCCGCGAACCAAAGUAUGGGGAAUACUACAUCUACCUUAGCAACAUCAUCCGCAAAUCCUCCCUCGAGCGCCUAGCCGAGGCCGACGUACACGAGGUGGUGCGCGUCGUACAGGAACAUUUUGCUGACUUUCUCGUUAUCAACCCGGACCUCUGUUCCCUAAAUUUGGGUCAUCCGAACCAGCGCCUUUGGGCCAAUUCGCCAGAUGUGUGGAAUGCGGACGCUUUGCAGAGGACAACGGAGGGUGUAAUCGCAACAUUGCUUGCACUCAAGAAGAAGCCUUUGAUUCGAUAUGAGAAGAAUAGCUUACUGGCAAAGAAGUUGGCGACAGAGGUUCGCUAUCAGCUGACGCAGGAAGAGCAACUUUUCAAUUUCCGCAAGACCGACACUCCUCCAAUUCUACUAAUUCUUGACCGUCGCGACGACCCUAUUACACCUCUUCUUACACAAUGGACGUAUCAGGCUAUGGUCCAUGAAUUGAUGGGCAUACAUAAUGGGCGUGUUGACCUACGAGACGUACCCGAAAUCCGUCCAGAGCUGCGGGAGAUUGUUCUUUCACAAGACCAGGAUCCCUUUUUCAAGAAAAAUAUGUACCAGAAUUUCGGUGAUUUGGGGCAAAACAUCAAAGAAUACGUGGAGCAGUAUCAGGUCAAGACCAAGAACACAAUGAACAUCGAGUCCAUCGCCGAUAUGAAGCGCUUUGUGGAAGACUACCCCGAGUUCCGCAAACUCUCCGGCAACGUGAGCAAACAUGUAACGUUGGUCGGAGAACUUAGCCGACGAGUAGGGGAGGAUACAUUGCUCGAUGUGAGCGAGUUGGAGCAGAGCUUGGCCUGCAACGACAAUCAUAACAAUGACUUGAAGAAUCUACAAAGAGUUAUCCAAAUACCAAAUGUACCUGCAGAGAGCAAGCUGCGAUUGGUGACUCUAUAUGCUAUCAGAUAUGAGAAGCAGCCGUCGAAUGCUCUUCCAGUACUCCUCGACCUACUCAUGACUGCGGGGAACGUCCCCUCGCAUCGGGUCAACAUCAUUCCCAAAGUACUUGCCUACCACCACUCCCUUCAGGCUCCACCUAUUGCCGGCGGCUUCUCAGAUCUCUUUGAGUCCACUUCGCUCUUCUCCGGUGCUCGCGACAGGUUCAAAGGCCUGAAAGGGGUGGAGAAUGUUUACACGCAGCAUUCCCCUCGGCUGGAGGCGACUCUUCAAAACCUGAUCAAAGGCAAACUGAAGGAACUUCAGUAUCCGUUCCUGGAGGGCGGAGGCCACAUUCGUGAUAAACCACAGGAUAUCAUCAUCUUCAUGGUGGGCGGAACCACGUAUGAGGAAGCGAAGAUGGUAGCCCAGGUCAACGCCAGCUCACCGGGAGUACGGGUGGUUCUGGCCGCCACAAGUGUCCAUAACAGUAAAACCUUCUUAGAGGAAGUUGAUGAUGCUGUCAGUGGAUGGCCCGAUCCUGCGCCCUCGACUGCUGCUGGACGGCUUCGGAGGGAACUCGGACGAUAG